AUGACCUUGAAAUCUAUCAAAUCAACAUCACAGUACCCAGGAGCCGUAGCGAGCUCCAACACUUCUAGCCCUGGCAUUAGAACUACAGAAACAUCGUCUUGGGCAUUGGGGUAUCGACAUUCGCUAAAUUUAGUCCCAUCUCUUUGCCCUUACCAAAAGCCUAGCGGGUAUCCCAUGUCCGCCCGAACGAGCAGUAUGCUCCAUUUCUUAGCUGUAGAUCAGGAGGCGCCGGUCUGUAAGCUUAUGCGUGAGCUUUGUUUCGCUCUCGCAUUUGCUGAUGAUAGUGCUAUGCACCUGGUCCUUGCUCGCCUUGAGAUAGAUCCUGAGCGGACCGGAGGACAGGCAUCUCAAGAGAGCGCCAGCAGCUUGACACAUUACAAUGCGUCGAUUGAAAUCUUGCGAAAUCAGCUUGGGGUGGCUCAGCUUAUGGCUCACGAAGCCAUUAUUGGUGUAGUGGUGAAUUUGGCGUGCUACGAUAUGUUUACCAACAACUUGACACGGUGGAAGACGCAUAUGUCGGGGCUGCAAAAGAUGAUUGAGUAUCGAGGUGGUAUAAAUACCCUCAGUUCCCAAUAUCUGCAAGUAACAACGAUUUGGAUGGACUUGACUGGUUCUAUGAUCCUAGACCAACCACCUCAUCUCACGCUAUAUCAAGCUGACCUUGAGGACGAGGCCAUGGACUUUGUACAAAAGAGCCGCAGAGAUACCGAGCUGCUUCUGGAGUUACUACUCAAACUAUCCUAUCUGGCUGCCGGAAAGUCUGAGCUUGAUCUCAGUGAGGAUUCUGCUCUGCUCGAAGAACUUCAGGUUGGAGUAUAUAAAACACUGACUCUGCCGCGAUACAACAGUCCAAAUAUCCACCAGAACUCCUUGGCACCUUGUCUUCUAACUUACGAGAUAUUUCGACUAGCAGUGCUUGUGUAUCUUUCAGGCCCUGUCACGUUUUUGGCAGUCAUUGGGGCCUUGACGGAAGUCGGGCAAGACAGACAGAGAUUGAUGGUUCAGCUUCAACGCACGAUGAGAGUACAGGGCCUAAUAUGGAAUGGUCUGGUCGAUAAGCUUCGCUCUAUGGCGUGGGUUGAUAUUGUCUGGUCAGCUGGCUUAGAGAGGCUGCAUGUGGAUUUGGCGUUUAUGACUGGUUAG